GACGUCAUCGCACGACUCCCAUUGAGUGGAGACGCUGAUCAUAAGACCAGGACGCGUAUAAUCGAGCGCCGUGGGACGAUUUCCCUGUAUCUGAAGGCCAUUUACACAUAUAAGAAACCAUUUCAGAAGAACCGACGAUCUGCACACGACCUGCGUUUUACUCCUUGACGAAAGAGGAGGUGGUUGUUGGUGUGAGGGGAGAGUGUGUGCGUGUGUGUGUGUGCGUGCGUGAGUGUGUGUGUGAGUAAUGGCGGAGCAGCAGAGACAGCGAGCGCUCUCCACAUCAGGAGAAUCACUAUACGUGGUGCUGGGGGUCGAGAAGAACACCGCACAAGAAGACAUAAAGAAAUCUUACAGAAAACUUGCUCUGAAAUUCCACCCGGACAAGAAUCCCAACAAUCCAGACGCUGCUGAUAAAUUUAAAGAAAUCAACAACGCUCAUGCUAUUCUGUCAGACCCCACCAAACGCAACAUUUAUGACAAAUACGGCUCUCUGGGCCUCUACGUGGCAGAACAGUUUGGAGAGGAGAAUGUUAACACAUACUUUGUAUUGUCCAGCUGGUGGGCCAAGGCGCUGUUUAUAUUCUGCGGUGUGGCCACAGGCUGUUAUUUCUGCUGCUGUCUGUGCUGCUGUUGUAACUGCUGCUGUGGGAAGUGUAAACCUCAUCCACCUCACUCAGAUGAUCCCGAUUUCUACGUGUCUCCUGAAGACUUGGAAGCUCAGAUGCAGUCUGAUGAGAGAGAUGGCAGCAGCCCCAUCAUGAUGCAGCCGUCCUCUGCCACAGAAAGCACUCAGCUGACCGCAGACUCUCACCACACCAGCUACCGGACAGACGCCAACUAUUAAACACAGGACCACCCGUACACACAAGCUCACGGUGGGCAACGAGGGAUCCAGAGGUUUAGUUAGUUAGUCUUCUGUUGUAUUAUCGGAAAACCUGAAACGCUCCACUGUACAGGGCCAGAAGCGAGUCUUGAUUUUUGUUUGCCUUUUACAUCUAUUGUCCCCAAACCUACACACACAUCUACACAAACACACACACAAGGACUUUAUUAUAGUGUCCGUUCAGUCUUCCUGCUUUUAUUUCAUGAUUCCGCUUUCCAGAGGCGUUUGUUGUGCGUCUUUCAUUCAUGAUCACGCUGCAUUUGUCUGUGUGAUCAGUCAAAAUCAUUUUAUUGUAUUUUUAUUUUAUGUCAUUGUUUUGAACGUAAAUAGUUUGGAACAACAGAAAAUAAAUAGAAUUAAUCAUUAGAUGAUGGUACAUCUUUACAGUCAUUAAAGUUUGUGGUCAGUAAGUUUUUUUUUUAAUUAUUAUUAAUUGUUGAAUAAUAUUUUUAUCCAGCAAGGACUUUAAAUUGAUCAAAAGUGACAUUAAAAGCAGCAUUUGUAACCUAAUUGAAUAUUUGUUAUUUAAAAUACAGUUUUUUUAACAGUUGAUUUAAAAACUAAUCGAAAGUUUUCAACAUCAAAAAUAUUAAUAAACACAAAAUCAGCACAUUUCCGAAUGAUUUCUGAAUGAUCAUGAGACACUGAAGACUGGAGAAAUGUAUGGAAGCCCAUAAUUCUAACCUCUUUCUUACAGUUUUGAGUUUGUAUCUCACAGUUCUGACUUCCCUAGCAAUUCUCGAGUUUACAUUUCACAAGUAACUUAUUUUACAUCAUGAUUGCGAGUUUAGAGUUUACAUUUUGUGGUUUAUAGUUUCACACAUCGAGAGAAAUCUUACCAACCUUAAGCAUUUCAUAACCUGAGUACAUUUCCAUGCUUUUGAUUUGGCUCUCACUGACACAAAUCUCACAACUGCAUGAUAAAUGUUGUCUUGGAUUGUUUUCUAGAUUUUAAACUAUGUUGGUUUUUUAUCAGAAAUGUUCUGCUUACAUUAUGUACUAGUAACAAGAGAUUUCCUAACAGUUUACGGAGUAGUGUAAUCCCCGAGGACAAGAAGGGAAACAUUACUGUGUCAUGUGUUUAUUUGAGACACCUUUCUUGUUACAACAUCUGGUGGGCAUGUAUGCGGUAUUUAGCUGUGCUCAAUUUUAGCAUGUGUGUGCUGGUUUUUGUGGUUUUGAGGACACAAAUUUGUGCAUUGACAUUGGUAUGACCUUGGUAUUACCAAAGUCCCUUUAAGGAAAGUCAUUUCAGUAUGCGGCCAUCUUUGAAACACGUCUCGAUUAAUAUGAUUGCGCAUCCUGUUUUAAUGGAAAAACCUCAAAUUCUCCAAAAUUGCUUGCCAACCUUACGAUUACAUAUUAGGAAUCACUAAUAAAAUGAAACGACUGUCUCUUUGGUUUCAUUUCUAAACAUUUGAAUCGCACAAAAUGCAGAAACUCAUGUCUGGCCUGAGCCCCUCCAAUGGAGAAUCGUCAGUCUAUAGCUAUUAAUGAUUGGCUCCUGUACAAGAAGGUGGGGCUUCAUUCGACAUAUUGACCAUUACACUUUUCCCCAUUCAAAACUAUACGAGUGACAUGUCUUAUGUAUCUAAUAGUGUUUGGUAUUGCAAUGUUGAGGUGGUUUGAAUACAUUUCUUGUGUCCUCGUAAUUCAAAAUCAUACUUAAUGAGGUCUUUUAACAUUCAAAAUUUGUCACAUGUUUUUUUAUGAGGAUUGAGCUUAGGGUAAAGCCAAAAUAAUUUAGAUUUUUUUAUUUAUUUAUGUGUACACCUACUGUAUGUAGAGUCCUCAUUAACCACCAAAACCAACAUGUGUAUGUUAUUGUUAGAGAGCGAUAUCGCUCGAACAGUGAUUGGGCUUGUCGGAUACACACUAAGACUGAGUAAGAUUAUUUAUUCUUAAACAGGCAUUUUUUUUUUUGUCCAUUUGUGUUUGUCUUCGCUAGGUUAAAGAGUUGUGUUAGCAUUAGUGUUUGCAUCCCUCAGGUUUGUGGUUUUGGAUGCCAUAGUCACAUUUAAUAUGAGCACAGGAGGAUUGUGGGUAAAUUCAUAGUUGCUAUCAAGGCUCAUUGGAAAAAUAUGUACUUACCAGCAUUUUUGCCAAUACUCCAAGCGCAAGAUUUAUUAAACAGCGCUCGGUUUCCACAUUUCCACAAAUACAAUUUCACAUUACACCAAGUUAUUUCAUUAAUCAACUUGAUUCGUUUUAGUCUGAUUAGUUUUUUCUUUCCUGUGUUUCUAGACUGUUGCCAUAUGAUUUCUCCGUUUGCUGUUAUAUUUUGUUAUAUUUGUAAUUGUACCCAUAAUUUGAUCUCACUCCCUAGUGCCACGAGUUAAUACAAUCAUGUCGAUGAAUAUUUUACUUUAGCGGAUGCACAUUGGCAGUAUUAUUACUGUUAUUAUGCUUGGAAAAUUAACUCUGGUCCUCAGCCUACAAUCAUUCUGGCUCACUGGUUUUGGUCAGAUACAAAAUUUAGCGUCAAGGCUAGUUUAAAAUGGUGUUUUACUUGCCAUUGAAGUUAAUAAAAAGGUAACACUUUACAGUAAAGUUUCAUCAGAUAAUGUUAAUGUAUUUACUGAAAUGGACAAAAUAAUGAAGAUUUAUUACAGUAUUUAAUCAUCUUUGUUAGUUGAAAAUAGUCAUUUAUUGUUUGUCAUCAUUAACUCCUAGUGCAUUAACUACAAUGAAUAAAUGCUGUACAAGUAAUGUCCAUUCUUAGUACAUACAUUUUUACAUUUAUACACAUUUACAUAAGUAAAUACAGUAAAUAUUGUAAAACGGGUGUCCAAACUCUGUCCUGGAGGGCCGUUGUCCUGCAUAUUUUAGUUCCAACCCCAAUUAAACACCUGAACCAGCUAGUCAAGCUCUUUCUAUGUAUACUAAAAGCUUCCAGGGAGGUAUGUUGAAGGAAGAUAGAGCUAAACUAUUCAGGACCAAGUUGGACACCCCAUAAAAAGUCAAUCUGAAAAAUUGCGUUCAUUUUCAAUACGUCAUCUAGCUUUGCUCAACCAAAAAUAAUUAAUUGGCUAGGAAUUGCUUUUCGUGAGCUUCAAUCUGGUAAUUAUGGAUGAACAAGGGAAAAUGUUCAUUGUUUUAUAACUGUUGAUGGAAGUAUCUUUUAUAUAUUUAUUUUAUUUUUUAUUUUUUGCCUGAUUUUAAUCAUAGAAAUUUCUUUUUGGGAACUGAAUUAGUUUCUAUUUCAAAGAAGGAACCCAAAUAGGAACUACCAGUGACGUAAGUGCACAAUGAUUGGCCAAAAACAUGCCAUGCGAAACACUGGCAUAAUUGCUAAAAUUAUCGUUAAUGCGAUAAUAAUAAAGACCAUUUCAAUGUGGUGAUGUCGUAGGCCCAUGAACAUUUCCUGCUUGUUAUCAAACCAUUUCAUAACUGUAACGAGGUCAUUCAAUCAUAACUUAAUGCUAAAACGGCUCUCAUAACAUUAUCAAUAUGUGGCUCUUUUUGGAUUCUCGGAAGCUAUAGAAAUUAAAAAUGUAAAACAGCAAAUACGUUAGGACCAAUGUUUGCGUUUACGUCCCUCGAAAUGGUCUAUAUGCAAUAUACGCAGACGUGUGAUUUUAAAUUACAUUUAUUUUUAUGCAUUGGUGGUUUAUUUACAUUUGACCAAUCAGAUGAGGCCUUGCUACCUUUAUCCUCACCUCCCCAGUAGGUGCUGUUCUGCAAUUGGCUGAAGCAGCUCAAAUGAACACUGAGCUGAAAAUAAAUACUAACAGCGGAAGACGUGAGGAAAAUAACAACAACCAAUCAGAGUCAGAAUAUCUGUCUUCACUCGUUCAUAGUGUUUUAAAGACCAAAUUUUUGCACAUUUACACCAUUUCUUUUUUAGUCUGAAUUAGAAUUAAUUGGAUUUAUUUAUUUAAUAUUAAUAAUAAACAAUAAGUUAAAAACAUAAAUUUAAAAUAAAUAGUUAUGGCAAAACUCAACAGUAUCGCAUGUUUUUCCACUAUCGUGCAACCCUAAUGGUAAACCAUACAUUCAAUCUCCUUUAUCAUAAAACCCAUGAUAUAAAACUAGAACACAUCUUAUUGUUUCCUCUUCCUUUUCUUUCAUCCCUCUGAGUACAUGAGUUUUAUUUUUGAUAGAUGUGGGCAUAAGCAUACAGACUUUUCAAUUCAGACAGUUUCAAUUCUGUUUUAGACUGUGUGUGUGUGUGUGCUUGAAACUGAGCUCUGAAAUGAAUCACUGUACCACCAUCGUUCAUUUUUUUUUAAAAGCUGUUUCUUGAAACUGGAUUUUAGCUGUGUCUGCCUGUGUUUGGGCAUGCGUCUCUCCAUACAUUCAUUUUCAUGCAUCUCAAACGGGCCGUGCAGAAAACGUGUGUAAUUUACCCUCAAAUGUAUAUGUUUUAUUCUUUUUUCGAAUAGGUUUACAUUGUGGAUAUUUUAGAGAUAUGUAGAUAUGUUUUUUUUUAUUUAUGUCUGAAGCAUUAGGCAGAUCAUUAGUGAUAAUGUUUCUAAUUCCGAAUCUUUCACAGUGUGUUAUGCUUUUUAUUGGCAAGAUCUAAUUUCUCAACACGAGCUCUGCUGUAACGUAGCCACUGACCUGUUUUUGGUUUGAAUUAUCCUCUUUAUCCUUAUUUGUUGUGUUCAUUUAUCAUAAAGAAAAAAAUAAUAAUCAGACACUGAAUCUUAAGGAUGAAUGGAGCAUCGUCUGAAUGCAACACGUAAACAGAAUCAUGUUAUUAUUGAAGGAUAUAGUGUAAACAUGGCAAUGAGAAACAAUAUUUUAUUUAUUAUUUUCCUAUGUUUUUAAUAAAUGACAUAGUUGGAUACGUGUAAGCGAAUAUAUGACCGUUGUACAGAAUGGCUGAUUUCUUGUUUGCAUUCUGGAUCAGUCAGCUGAAAGUGUUGUAGCAUGAAUAUAAAGUACUGUGUCAGAGAGAUGUAAUGUGGAUUAAUGAUCAGAAUUACAGCUGUUAAAUAAACGUGAAGGAAGCUGAAAAAAGUA